AUGCAAAAAAGUGAAAAUGUGACUAAUGGUGGUUCAACGAAUGGUGUGGUGGCAGCCAGCGUUGGCCACCACACCAGUCCUGACACGUGCGCAGGGAAAAAUAUUCAAGUAAGUCAUUCAUUGGUUUUUGCUUGAUAAAUCUAAAUCGGGGGACGAAUUCGGCAAAUUGCCAAAUUGAUAAGAUGCAAUUCCACGAAAUGAAAUCGAAGACGGAAAUAGUUGAGUGCAAAGUUCCGAACUCGUCCAACUCGUUCCUUGUUUCAGAAACAAUCUAGUUAAAAUACACCCUUCAGUUUCCAGAGAUUUUUCUCUAGUAGAUCCCUUAUCAAAAUAAAUAAAUAAAUAAUCAAAGACAAAAAUGGCCAAUGGUCUUUUAUUUCCCUUCUUCAUAAUUUCUCUUCUCUUAUUGUUCUACCUUAGUUUAAUAAGUACCUGAAAAAAGGGCAGAAAAAAAGACUAUGAGACAAACACAUAUAUUGUAUACACAUACAUAUAUGUAUUUUAAAUAAAUACAAUGCGAAGUGAUGACAGAUUACAAAUGUAUGAAAAUGAUAGCGCGCGCCGCAUCACAAUCAAUGACUUUUUCGUCACUUCUUAUUAUGUUUUCUUAUUAUUAUCUUCUUCUUCUUCCUCUCUCUCUGUGUUUCUCGCUCUCCCAUAUUUUCCCUAACUUGACUUGACCAUUCAACCAACCAACCAACCCACUUCUGGAAUCCAUCUCAUUUGAUAAUUCAAUCUAAUACUUUCCUAUUCUUUUUCAAAAUGAUGAGUAAACGUGCUUAAAGUGCAACUUAUCACAACUUACACUUCGAUCUUCUAACGACAGAAUUUGAAGAAAAGACGAAGAAAAACUAGUUUGAAAUAUUAUUGUUUUCAAUUCUUUUACUGAAAUUUAUCACCAUAUUUAUUUAUAAAUUCUUGAGAAAUUCGAUUGAUUUUUGUGGAUGCGGCGGUUACGAAGAGGUCAUACUUAUGAAGAGGUAAGAGCAAAAAAGAUUCGCUUUUUCUAUUGGUUUCUUUUAAUGUAUAAAUUGCUCCUUCACUUCAAAGUUCUUGCACGAAAUAGGUUAACUUUCGGUUUCUCUAGUCUGUCCGAGACAAAAAACGGCCAAUCAAAAAUCGGGUGUCCCGAGGUCAUUAUUAUUUCCGAAAUAAUAUUUGAUCUCAAGAUCACAUGUUCGCAAGAAAAACUGAAACUUAUCACGACGUCAGACGUUCAGAGAACAUUUAUCAAAAAAAAAUGGUUCCAGAUUGGGAUUUGAACCUGGGUCAAGAAUUUUUGCUUCAUAAAUAACAAUUGCACGCCAAACGUUUAACUUUUAAGGGUUAUGGACGACUUUAGGUGCAAAUUAGGCGAGCCUAUGAGUUCUAGUUGUCAAGAAGCUGAAACUAGAGAACACUCUGGAUAAGCGAUCUUCAAAGCUUUGUAUAGCCUAGUUUUCAAGCGUCUGGAGAACAUGUUUGUCUAGGAUCCUAUGUCUAGUCGAGAAGUUUUAGUUCAGAAGUUGAAAUAAGGAAAUUCAAUCAAAACUGUGGAAUCUUCUAGUUUUUUUUUUGAAAAAAAGUCAUUCAAGUAGUGUAGUUUCAUUUGCAAAAAAUCUAGUUUCCCGAAUUACUAUAAGUUUGACAAAAAAUCAAGGUAUCCAAGAAAUGAAACCAGUUUUCUUUCUGGCUGAAACCUUUCUUAUAUAUUUCUCUCGCCUUUCUGUACAUAAAUGCCAGUGAUUUUCAUCGCUUGCGGUAUAGUUCUAAUUGCUCGCACUGUUUACGUAACUAUACGAAAAUUCCGGAAUAGAAAACGAAAAAUUGGAAGAGGAGAACAGGUAAAUCGAUCAUAGAUAUAGAUUUAGCAAGUUUUUGCGUGCGUGUAAUCUUUGGUCACGCCAGUUUCUUUUUUUCGCGAAAAAACUACAAAACAAAUCUAACCUUGAUCGGAAGGAAAAGAAAGAUAGACGAUUCAAAGUACCUGUUAUAUUUUAAUUAAUUUCAGGAUGCUCGAGACUUCGGAUGCGGCCUUGCCGAUCUUCGCGGACUUAUGGAAGCUCGUGGAGCCGAGGCGAUAGUUCGGGUAAGUUAUGAACAAGAAUGAAGAUACAAAAAAAACUAACCUGAUAAUUUUCAGCUUUCCAAUGAACACGAUGGUGUUGAGGGAUUGUGCGCCAAACUCAAAACUGAUCCUUUGAAAGGAUUAAGUGGCGAGCAAGCGGAUCUUGAUAAACGUCGUCAUGUUUAUGGAGCCAAUACUAUUCCACCGGCAAAAAGCAAGAGUUUCAUUCGACUCGUCAUCGAUGCUUGUAGAGUGAGUUUUUUUUGAGGAAUCUAGGGGCUAAAUUUUCUGGAAAAAUUUGAACCAGAUUUUUCCCAGAAUAUGAAGAAUAGGAAUGAUUUUUUAUUGUUUUUUCACGUUUCAAACAAUCCACAUUUUCCAAAAUAUAUAUUGAUUUUUUAAAAUCAAAAUUUGUCACAUGUUUCAAAAUUAAAUCAAUUAUCCAACUAAAAUUAAGCUUAAAUGUAUAUAAAAAUUUAUUUUCGAAAGUUUCUGAACUUCCAAAAAAUCAACGAAACUUCUUUAGCUUUUUACAGUAAUUUUUUCACAUGAAUCACACGAUUCAUCAAAAAAAAUGAUAUCAUUCGGUCAAAAAAAAGAGAUAUUAUCAGAUGCGGAAGACAGUUUAUUGGUUUUAUGAUGAAUGAUUUUUUGAUCAUCAAUUAAUUAUUCAAAUAAAUAAAUAAUAAUAUAUUCUAGUUUGGUCACACCUUUGAAAAACAGAAGAAUAAUAAAAACGUUGAUUUUUUCUACAGGAUCCAACUCUAAUUAUUCUGGUUCUCUCUGGUUUUGUUAACCUCGCUCUAUCAUUUUACGAACCUAGUCCAGUUUCGGAAGAUGAUUUGGUGUCGGCUGUUGUGAAUGCAACAACUGUUGCCACAAUUGCUCUUUUGAACGGAACGAUUGCUUCGACAACUGAAGCGCCAUCUGAAGGACACGGAACUGCUUGGAUUGAAGGUGUUGCUAUUCUUUUGUGUGUUAUUGUUGUUGUUUUGGUGACAGCUAUCAAUGAUUAUUCGAAGGAACGACAAUUUAGAAGUUUGCAGGUAUGAAUUAUUGAAAUUUUGUUUUUAAAUCAAAAUUUCAGCUUUACCAUUUCAUAACUUUUUUUUCUAAAAGUUUCUGAGAUAUUUCAAAGUCUUGACGGAACAAAAUUUGAAAAUCAUGUUUUUUGAACUUUCCACGUCAUAACCUUUUUCAUUUUUUUCUAGAAAAAAUAAUUCAAACAUUUGGUCUUACAACGGUCAAAAUGUUCCCCCAUCAAAAAUCAAAUUUGUCUUUUUUCCAGGAAAAAAUCGAAACAGGUCAAAAGUUCUCCGUCAUUCGAAAUGGUGAAGCAAUCGAUGUUCCAGUCUCGGAUUUGGUUGUUGGUGAUAUUGCGAGAGUUAAAUAUGGUGACUUGUUACCAGCUGACGGAUUCUUGAUCCAAAGUAAUGAUCUUAAGGUAAGGCCUUUUAAUAUACAACUAUUUUCUGAAAACCCACUCCUGUUGUUUUAUUUUCAGAUUGAUGAAUCAUCGUUGACUGGCGAGUCAGAUCACAUCAAGAAAAGUGUUGAAUCGGAUCCGGUUCUCCUCUCUGGUACUUAUGCUAUGGAAGGAUCUGGAAAAAUGGUGAUCACUGCUGUUGGUGUCAACUCUCAAACUGGUAUUAUAAUGACUUUACUUGGUGCUGGAAAAACUGGCGUUGAUGAUGAUGAUUCGACUUCUAGUGGGUUUUUUUUGAGAAAAAAUUUAAUUUAAAUUGAAAUUUGCUAUUCUCAAAUCGGAAAUUGAGUCAUGAAGUGGCAAUUUUUUUGAAACCUGGAAGUCUUUUUUCUUAAAAUCAUACCUCGUUCAGGAAUACUGAUACAGAAAUUUUUUUCAUGAUUUCAUCUAAAAAUAAUUGGAAAUUGACAGUUUGAAAAAAUUUCGCUCUGCAAUUUCAGGUUCUGAAUGUGGUAUGCCUAAAAUUUCCACAUAAAAAUCAACAUGACUCGAAAAACCACAAUGUUAUAAUAAAUAUGUUAUAAACUGCCACGUCAUAGCUAAUCUAUUACUGUUUUCAGCCUCGUCCUCGUCUUCUUCCUCAUCUUCCUCUUCUCGAUCCUCAUCAAAUGCAACAUCAUCAGAUUCCUCAAAAUCCGAUGAUGAUUUGAGUGCAAAAUCGGUUCUUCAGGCCAAAUUGUCUAAACUCGCCCUUCAAAUCAUUUAUUGCGGUAAAUCUUAUUUGAUUUUUCUGAAUAUUCAAACCCCGUUAUUUUUCCAGGAACAUCAGUUGCGAUUGUUGCGUUAAUUGUGCUUAUAACCCGCUUUUGCAUAGAACAUUACGUUGUGGAGCGUAAUGAAUUCUCACUCAUCGAUAUUCAAACGUUUGUCAAGUUUUUCAUUAUUGCUGUCACCAUUCUUGUCAUCUCAAUUCCUGAAGGUCUUCCAUUGGCAAUUGCACUUGCUCUUACCUAUUCGGUCAAAAAGGUGAGCAUUUUUUGGGAAAACGAAUACAGAACUUUCUAAAUUUAGAACUGUUUAAAAAUGUUUGACCCUGAAUUUAGAAAAUUUAGAGAUUUUUUAACUUUUUCAAAUUAAAAUUUGUUUGCAGAUGAUGUAUGAUAACAAUUUGGUUCGUCACUUGGAUGCUUGUGAAACAAUGGGAAAUGCCACCUCAAUUUGUUCGGAUAAAACUGGAACAUUGACAACAAAUCGAAUGACUGUUGUUCAAUCUUACAUCAAUGGAAAUCAUUAUACUUCGCAAGAAACUCAACCACAUGGAAACUCUCUUCCUGGAAUAACUGGACCAAUUUUGAUGGAAGCAAUCUCUGUGAAUAGUGCGUAUAAUUCAAUGAUUGUUGAACCAACAAAACCCGGAGAGCAAAUGCAACAACUUGGAAAUAAAACUGAAUGUGGAUUGUUGGGAUUUGUGAAUCGAUUGGGCGGUGAUUAUUCAGCUAUUCGUAAAAAGUAUCCCGAACAUGAUUUAUUCAAAGUUUACACUUUCAAUUCGUCGAGAAAAUGUAUGAUGACUGUUAUUCCAUUAAUUGAAGAUGGAAAAAAUAUUGGAUAUCGAGUUUAUUGUAAAGGAGCUUCGGAAAUUGUAUUGGGAAGAUGUUCGUAUUUGAUUGGAUCUGAUGGAAAACCGCAUAAAUUGACAGAUGAUCGAUUGAAAGAGAUUACAGCAACUAUUAUUCAUGAAAUGGCUAAUAAUGGAUUGAGAACUAUUUGUUUGGCUUAUAAGAAUUAUGUGAGAAAAGGAACAAGAGAAGCUGACAAAACUGAGGUAAGCAAUCUUUGAGAUUGAAAAUGAACUUUUGGCCUGGAACUCAACAUUUUCAAAAAUAAAAAAUACAAUUUUUAUAGCUCGAAUUCACCGAAGAAUCUGAUAUCGAUUGGGAUGACGAAGAAGAAAUGUACAAAAACUUCACCGGAAUCGCAAUUUGCGGAAUUCAAGAUCCAGUUCGUCCCGAAGUCCCAGCCGCCAUCUCAAAAUGCAAAAAAGCUGGAAUCACAGUCAGAAUGGUUACUGGAGAUAAUAUCAUGACAGCUCGUGCAAUCGCUCAAGCUUGUAAAAUCUUGGAACCUGGAGAGGAUUUCUUGGCUUUGGAAGGAAAAGAGUUCAAUGAGAGAAUUCGGGAUGCAAAUGGAAAAGUUUCGCAAGCAAAAUUGGAUGAAAUUUGGCCACGUCUUCGUGUUUUAGCAAGAGCUCAACCAGCUGAUAAAUAUACUUUGGUUAAAGGAAUUAUCGAUUCGAAAGCCACGCCACAACGUGAAAUAGUUGCUGUAACUGGAGAUGGAACAAAUGAUGGACCUGCGCUGAAAAAAGCUGAUGUUGGAUUUGCUAUGGGAAUUGCUGGAACUGAUGUUGCUAAAGAAGCUUCUGAUAUUAUAUUGACUGAUGAUAAUUUCACAUCAAUUGUUCGAGCUGUUAUGUGGGGAAGAAAUGUGUAUGAUUCGAUAUCAAAGUUCUUGCAAUUCCAAUUGACUGUCAAUGUUGUUGCAGUUAUAACUGCUUUUAUUGGAGCUGUAACUGUUUCAGAUUCGCCAUUAAAAGCUGUUCAUAUGUUAUGGAUUAAUUUGAUUAUGGACACUUUGGCAUCUUUGGCAUUGGCAACUGAAGCACCAACUGAUGAAUUAUUAGAGAGAAAACCGUAUGGAAGAAAGAAAUCAUUGAUUUCAAGAACUAUGGUUAAAAAUAUCCUUUGCCACGCAAUUUAUCAAUUGGUUAUCAUCUUCACAAUCUUCUUCUAUGGUCCUCAAAUUUUCAAUAUUCGUUCCGGUCUUUAUGCUCCACUUUUUGCUCCACCAAGUCAACAUUUCACAAUUGUAUUCAAUGCAUUUGUUAUGAUGACUAUUUUCAAUGAAGUAAAUGCGAGAAAAGUUCACGGAGAGCGAAAUGUUUUCAAAGGAUUGGCCAGUAAUCGAGUCUUCUGUGUUAUUUGGAUCACAACUUUUAUCGCUCAAAUCAUUAUCACACAAUUUGGCGGUGCCUGGUUCUCAACUCAUCCACUUUCAUGGGAUCAAUGGGCUGUUUGUUUGGCACUUGGAUUUUCGACAUUAAUUUGGGGACAAGUUGUUGCAACUAUUCCAUCGAAAAAAUUGCCAAAGACUUGGAAAGUUGGAAAAGGAGAAGUUGAGGCGGCAAAGAUUCAUAUAAACGGUGAUUAUAAUGUGAGAUCUAGAUCAAGAGCAUUGACUUUGAGAAGAAGUGGAAAAACAUUGUGGAUGAGAGGAAUGUUCUUGAUUGGGAACCAUGUAAGUUUGGGAAGUUUUUGGGUGAAUGUUUGAGAAAUAUAAAAAAGAGAAAAUUGGUUUUUUCAUACUGGAAUUUGAAAAAAAUCUGGAAUAUUUCGGCAUAGAAUCUUGAAAAAUGUUUUCUUAUAACUUCGGCCCAAAAGCCUCAAAUGCUCCACUAAAGAAGUCUUGAAAAUUUCGCCUCAAAAACGCAAGAAAAAGGAUUAAAGCCCAUGAAAUGUGCCCAUAAAAAUGUAAAAAUUUUUGACCCAAAACCUUCCGAAGAUUUUGGACAGAAUUUUCAGACUUUCCUAUUUUUUCUAGAAUUUUUAUCCUAGCUCCAAAAACUCUCCUACCUUCUCAUCCUAUAUUUUUUCAGUUGCGUGUCCUCCGCGCCUUCCAAACCGACAAAGCAUCCGGAUUCGGUCGAACCGCUCCAGCAAUGACAGCCGAAGCCGCCGAAAGAUGGCGCUCAAGUUACCGUAAAUAUCGUCACCAAAAACAUCAAGAAAAACGCGCGGCCGCCGAAACUUCUGAAAGUGUAAAAUCAGCCGAUUGGUCGAAAGAACAAAAGGAGAAAAGAAAGACUUUCAAACAAAUCAAAAAAGUUGUUCGCGGAAAAAGUGUUGAUCAACCAGAUGGAAAAAAGGUUGGACAUUUUCAAGAUUAAAAUUAGCAAUGUAUAAAAUGUUUGCAAUUUCAGCACCAUAAAAAACGUGGCGAUCAAAAUCAAACCAGCAUUGAAAUGGACGACAUUGAUCUAAAUUAG